UAUCGAUAGAGAAUACCGAUCACAAAACGAUAUAAAUUAGGGGCCGUCUAAUAAAAGGUCCACUUUAAGUCAAAGCACUUUUAAAACAUAUAUUUUUAAAACUAAGAAGUUCCGAAUUUCCUUUAAAAGGGGAUUUUCAGUUAUUAUUUAAGAAAAAACUUUGUUGUACGCAUGGCACUUUAGAUUUGUGGAUUUUAUAGAUUUAACAUGCCUAUCCAGCUGACUUUUGUUUACACUUUUCACGACUCCUCGAAGAAUCCGGCAAAUGACUGAAGCACAUUUCAUCAUCUAAUAGAAACAGCACUCUAUAUAAUUGUUGGCCAAACAUGCCCGAAUCCCGAAUAAAGCUCACCGAUCUGAAUACUUAUUGUAUCUUGAAGAUUUUUAACUAUCUCUCCGAAGACGACCUGCUACGUUUGUGUGAAGCUAGUCAAUAUCUCGAAGGCAUCAUAGACUCAUGUAUUUUUUAUGCCAAGUCGAAGGAUCUACUGCUGUGUGGCCACGCAAACCAUCCAAGCAUAGAAAAAAGAAACCACAACAAAUUUACGAAUUAUGAGCGAAUACUGGUGUCCAGGAACUGGGUGAGUGGCACCUACAACCAGCGCCCGUAUUUCCACCAUGCCCCCAUGUUUCCCACCAAAUUGUGCCUGGAGAAGGACGCCCUGUACAUAACACAUGCCAGCUAUCUGCGAAAAUACCUUAGAACCAACUACGAUGCACUGCAUCGAAGGUACGAAAAGGAAAUCUCCACUUCCUCCAGCACCGACAUCUCGGAUUUUGUUAAAAAACAAGAUACGAUAUUUGCGGGGCGUAUCUGCGGAUCAUGCUUUCUUCACGAGGAUGACGAGGUCAUAGCUGAACACCGGAUGCAUUCGUCGAACGAGUAUUUGUACUGCGUCGAUUUUAUCAAAAACAUAUAUGCCACCAGUACUGAUACCUGCUGCAAGCUGUGGGAGCGUUCUCAGGAGUUUGGACUGACCCACUUCGACAUGGUCAUGAAAAUGGACAGGGCGUUUAAAUGUAUGAAGCUGAGCGCAGAUGGGCAGUGGCUCUUUGGUGGUCUGUAUACCGAUAAAGGACGUCAAGCCCUGAGGGCCAUCCAUGUGGAAAGCGGCGAGGAAAUAGAGCUCGGCUCGAGAACAAUGUCAAUAUACGACCUUAAGUUGAAGGACGAGCAAGUUAUAUUCACGGCUAACUUCGACACUACCUUCCGAAUGUUUGAUCGACGUGUGGAUCGAGAUGUAGCCAUUUGGGAGGAUCCGUUCGACUCAUCCUUUUACUCCCUGGAAUACGAUGGUCUCUACGGAGUGCUGGCCGGAACCAGCAUGCAUGCGCGAGUCAAUCUCUACGACAUAAGGAUGCCAAAAUACGUACAGUUGUACUUCCCGGGACGCACGCGGUUGCACAACGGCCUGUCGCCGGUGUACAGCCUGGCCUGUGAUAGCCAAUAUAUGAUCGUGGCCACUGACCACAACCUGCGUGUCUUCGACUUCAAAACCAGCUGUGGCACUACCAGGGACUACAGCAACAUUGGGCUGGAUAAGAGCUCCAAAAGCAUAUAUACACUAAUGUGAAAAUAAAUAUUUAAAGUGUUCAACAACCAGCGACCAUUUUAGGGCCAAUAAAAAUUAACGAGUAGUCUUCAAUAAGAAAAAGUUUUAUAUGUAGAACCGCUUUGGUAAUUUAGUCAUUUUAAUAGGAAGAAAAUACAAUUUUGUUUUAAGAAAUCAUU